AUGGCCACCCAAACGUCGAGGAUGCUCGGAAGGAUGCAAUUAGUCACUACGAGCUACUGGUUGGUACGUACGCUCCGCGUGCAUACCUCGAGACCCUCGGCCCAAGGUACGUUUAGUUGCUUAGUCUUAAUUUUUACAGCUUCCUCUCAUGCUGGGUUGAAACAUCCUUCAAAUGCUGGAAAACACACUGUAUUUUUUCGUGGCGAAAACACUGUUUUGCCACGACGUUCCAUGAAGGAUCCACUCCGGCUGCGCGAAGAGACCGAUGCACGGUCGCGCAAGGUCCAGUGGAACGCGUCGACAAAGCUGACGACAACGGCGCGGCCAGCACCAACGAGUCCGCGUCGCGACCCGCCAGCUGCCUCUGCGCCCGUGCACGACGCCGUGGAUGAUGACGGCGCCCGGCGUCUCAUCGAGCGGGCGUUCGAGAACGUAUGGGCUCGCGACGUCGCCGGCCACGCAUCGUCGUCGCCAACGAAGCCAAAACUGGACGUCGUGGAUGCGCCGCUAUCGAGCGUAGUGGACCGCCGCCUGUCGGUCGACGCUGGUCCGCCACAACGAACGACCGAGCUGCUCCAGCUGGAACUCGAGCGCACGCAGCGCAAGAUCGCCAUCCAAGCCUUUCGCGCUCACGUCGAAGCGCAGAUGUGCCGGCUUCAGGGGAUGCUGGAUGACGUCGCGUCCCGAGAAGCACGCAUGGAUGCAGCGUUCGAUGCGGUCGCUGCAUCGCUCAACCGUAGCUGUCGUAACUAA